AUGGCCCAGUUACACCGCAGCGAGUUGGAACAGCCGGUUGGCAACCUGAACGGAGCCAGCCUUCGACUCAUCGGAGACUAUGACAUUCAUCAAACAUCAGCAGAGCAAUCAGACGCUUCGACAGCUGUCCAGCUGGUGACUGUCGCAAACAACGUCCAGCGAGAAGCCCAACCGUCUGACUUCGAUCCCACCCUCGCUCCACACCCUCCAGUGCCAUAUCCUGUAUCGAAUCCGGGAUGGUGGGAACAAGCACAUCGUCGAGUGCCUGACUAUCGGCCGGUGAAUCGAGAGCUGGAUCGCGAGCAGAGACGCCAGAACCCGUUGUUCACUGCGGUGGGUGCCUUUAUGAUUGCUGGUUGCUCCAUGAUCGCAAACUGGUCGUCACUAUGGAGGAACACUGCUGGCCGAGUAACUAGUUUUGGAGAUCAUGCAAUAGGUGGGGAAUGGUGA